AUGCCAACUUACGAAGGUUUACCUGAUCACUUUGUCUUAUUGGAAAAAAUGGGAGAUGGUGCAUUCUCAAAUGUUUAUAAAGCAAUCGAUCGAAGAACCAAUCAAAAAGUCGCCAUUAAGUGUGUUAGGAAAUUCGAACUUAAUCGUAAUCAGGGCAAGCAUCUGAAUGCUGAUUUGAAGAAGAAGCCCCGUGCGACUGAGCGUGCGAACAUCUUGAAAGAAGUCUCGAUCAUGCGGACUCUGAACCAUCCAAGUAUCAUCAAAUUAAUCAGCUUCACAGAAUCAAAGGAACAUUACUUCCUUGUACUCGAGUUAAUGGAAGGCGGUGAAUUAUUUCAUCAAAUUGUCAAGCUCACUUAUUUUUCAGAGGAACUCGCUCGGCAUGUCAUCUUGCAGGUUGCACGUGGUCUACGUUAUCUACACGAGGAGAAGGGAGUCGUUCACAGAGACAUCAAACCUGAAAACUUGCUCUUUGAGUCGAUCCCAAUCGUACCUUCAAAACAAUCAAAGCAGCGUCCUUAUGACGAGGAAAAAGAGGACGAGGGUGAAUUCUUGCCAGGAGUGGGUGGAGGCGGAAUCGGACAAGUGAAGAUUGCUGAUUUUGGAUUGAGCAAGAUCGUUUGGGCCGAGGAGACGGCUACUCCAUGUGGGACAGUAGGUUAUACAGCACCCGAGAUUGUGAAAGAUGAAAGAUAUAGUAAAAGUGUUGAUAUGUGGGCGAUGGGUUGUGUACUCUACACCUUGCUGUGUGGAUUUCCGCCAUUCUUUGACGAGUCGAUUCAAGUUCUGACUGAAAAGGUUGCGCGUGGAUAUUACACCUUUCUAUCACCGUGGUGGGAUGACAUUAGUGCUUCCUCCAAAGACCUCAUCACUCACCUUUUGUGUGUUGACCCGGAUAAACGAUAUACUAUUGAUGAGUUUUUAGCACAUCCAUGGUGCAAGGAGAAGGCACCGUUACCUCAUAUGAAUAAGCAGGACGUAGCUACCAUGGCACCACAUAUUCAACGAGCCAAGGAUAUGAACUAUGCACCUCGAGACUCGCCCCUCCUUCAUGGUGUUGGUGGAAUGCGUACACCUGGUGUGGCUCAACUAAGAGAAGCGUUUGAUGUGACCUAUGCUGUACAUCGUAUGGAAGAAGAAGGUGCUCGCCGAACUAGAUAUGCAGGAGCGGGCGGAGGACCAAACGCGGGUGUGUUGCACGGUCUUAAUGAAGAAGAUGAGGAGGAGGAGGAGGAAAAUGAAGUGGAGCCACCGACAACAGCCAAACCGUCCGGAUGGGGUGGAGCUGAUAGGAAAGUGGCUGAGGCUGCACUUUACUCUGGACAAGCUGGUACUCGAGAUCGAGGCACGGCAAAUACAGGACGUGGUGGAAAGCGAGCUGGUGGAUUUGAACUUAAUAUUGGUCAAGCUACAUUAUUGGGAAGAAGAAAUAAGCCGACUUGA